ACACCUCGAACGGUCCCUCUAAAUGUUGUUGGUGUGCGCGGAGUGAAAUAAAUCGGAGUGAUUUUCGUCGAGCUCUGCAAAAUAAUGGAUCGCACUUUCUACGAAGGCUGGCUAAUUAAGUCGCCACCCACCAAGCGCAUUUGGCGAGCACGCUGGAGGCGUCGCUGGUUUACGCUGAAGCAGGGCGAGAUACCGGAGCAGUUCUGCCUCGAAUACUACACCGACCACAACUGCCGCAAGCUGAAGGGCGUCAUCGAUUUGGAUCAGUGCGAACAGGUGGACUGUGGGCUGCGACUGGAGAAUCGCAAGCAGAAGUUUCAGUAUAUGUUUGACAUCAAGACGCCCAAGCGAACCUAUUAUCUGGCUGCCGAAACAGAGGCGGAUAUGCGCGAUUGGGUCAACUGCAUCUGCCAGGUGUGUCACCUACACGAUACCAAGCAAUCCAAUGAGUUACCAUUGGGAGCAGUAGGUACAGAUGAAAACCGCACCCAGCACACAAGCUCCAGUGGCGGGCUGAGCAACUCCACACAAAAUACCACCACCACUUCCCUGCACUCUUCCGCUGGAACCACAGCGGCUCAAGUUGCAGGCCCAAAUGCUGGAGGAGCGGCCCAACUGCGACGACCGGUAGUCAUUGAACAACAACCAAUGCCCUUAAAUGCUGCGAACAACAAUUCGGACUCGGUUUAUGUUAACACGGAGUACAGCAAUCGCGAGACGAUGCUGUGUGAUUCCAACUUUGACCAGCAGGAUCUGCUCUCGGCUGCCCAACAACAACCACCUCCAUCGCCGGCAACUGCUCUUUAUCUGAAUCACAGUGCAUUGAUCCAAGCUCAGGCGGCUGCAGCAGCCGCGGAGCAACAGCAGCAACAGGCUGCUCGCUUGGCGGUUAACGCUAAUGGAGUGGUGCGAAAGCUUCCCGAGCAUCUUGUUCUCAACCAGCAAACCCUGGCGGAGGCAGCUGCCCAGCAACACAGCAGCGUGCAGGCCUCACCCGCAUUGAGCACCGCGUCCGGACCAUAUAUACCCAUCAGCGAGUGUUUCUCGGGCAGCCCGCGAUUCCUGCCCGGGUGUGGACCUCCUGGUGCAGAUGUUGUCAUACCAAACAACCCCAGCACUCCAUUGAACAACUUGGAUCCCAAGUUCUACGAUACUCCGCGAAGUCAUAACAACAUUGGUCUAAAUCUGACCAACGAUCAAUCCUACUCACCCAAAAUCACCAAUUUAAGCUUGCAACAAUUGGCCAACACCAAUGCAAGUAAACAACGCUCUGAUUCCGAUUCUGAAAGCGUUUUUACUGAUGACGAUGAGUGGGCUCAUCCUUUACCCCUGCGCGAGAAUGUCGAUCGCAGUACCAGACCCUCGGAUAGUUCUAUCGAGAACGAAUCGUUCGUACUGACCUAUUCGCAGCGCUUUUCUAAAAUGCCCGAGGAAGGUGGUUCUGUGGUGUCACCAGCUGAGAAACAUUCUAAGCUUGCGGGUGCAGGGUCCCUGGCAGAAGCUAGUGACCAAGGAACGUUAGAUAAACUGGCCAAAGUUUUAAAGAACAAAAAUAAUCUCAUAUUGGACUUCAAGGAAAACGAAAAGAUUCCUCGCGAGCUUCCGCAGCUCUCGGAUACGGAAAACACUUCACCGGCCAUUGUGGCUCGUCGCAAUGCCCACUCCGCUUUAAUCGAGGAAAGUUACGACAUUCCACGCUCCCAUCAGCAACCAUACUACAAUGUCAACCAGAUGCUGGGCGAGCGACCAGUCACCAGUCCGCACAACUCAAAUCCCAUUGCCGCAUCUACACCGAAUCUCAUGGCAGCCGAUUUGGGUUCAGUGGCUGCCAUAUUAAGUGCAGACAAUUCUGGCCAAAUUGGUGGUGUUCAACCAACCGCCUCGUCACCCACUAGUGCUCGAACUUUGCCACGCCACUGCUAUACUAAUGCAGCGCCCACAAAGAUGGAGGGCAAUGUCUUUCGAUACGAUUUCAUGGAGCAGGCGGACUGUCCACCAGUGAACCGGAAUUUGAAACCGAAGGGGCAAGGAAGUUUGCCGGCCGUCGAGGACAAACCACCGGAGGAAUUUCCGGCAAAGCCCCCGGUGGGUGUAGAGCAUUUAACCAGUAAAUUAGGUGCAGCCCAACUACAGCAGCCGAUUGGACCACCCAAUGUGGACAGAAACUGCAAACCACAUGUCUAUAAGUUGGGAAGUUCGGCCACCAUGUCGCCGGCAAUGCGCCGCUCCUCUGGAGCCCCUCUAUCUAUGGUGCUGCCGCAUGAAACAGAUGUCCAUUCUCCGGCAGCAUCCGCCGUUUUCCACGAGACUCGAACUCUGCCUCGUCAACAACAUCGACAGCAUCCUAAUAGUCCCGGUAGCAUGUCAGUGCAACAUCAGCGCACAGCAUCAGCAGCCAUGAUCAUGGUGGGAACUUCCGCUCCUAAACAGCAACCGGCGCAGGCUGAACACAAACUUCAGUACUUUGAUUUGGAUGUGACCAACAAACCGCCACUACUGAAUCGAUCGAGUAUGAGUGUGGGUAAUCUGUAUUCCCAAGGUGGAAAUGGGGCUGGUGGAAUGCGAUUGGCCGGCGUUGAGGCUGGUGGUGCACGGGGUGCAGUACCGAGCAGCGUGGUCUAUAGAUCGGUGGACUUUGUCAAAACGGAGGCAUUUAAAAGGAUCAGAGAGGAGCGCGAGAGCAGCGGCAACAAGUGAAUCUGCUGGAUCAGCAUAAUGGUUCCAUAUCUCGAAUACACCCCCAUUGACAACGUGCAAUAACUGAGGACCACGUUGCGGAUCCGAAAUUUUUGUAGUGCCUAUCGGUAGUCAGCAUAGAGCUGACACCAUUCAAAAAGAAAACAGUGCAAAUUCCGAGUGGCUUUUACAUUCGUUAAUAUCGUCAAAUUCCCAUUAAACCACAUAUCUAGAUUGUAAGUCGGCACCAGCACUUUUUGUUGCUGCUACGAAUCUGUAACCCGUAUCUAAAUCUAUGUCUUUCUUAUUUAAAUCGUGCUUCCAACACUUCCAUGACUAUUGUUAAGCUUUUUAAUGAAAAUGUAACCCUGACAAACGAACUUAGUGCUAAUUUUACAAUGCAAUUAAUUAUUUUAUAUACGCAAGCGGAAUAUUUAUAUUCACGAAUUUUAUAUGGUAACAAAUUAUUUACAAUAUAUAAAUGUAACACGUGUGCGCCACAAGCUGUAGCUUGAUUUUGUGCUUUAAAAAAUAUAUAUAUACAAUAAUACCA